GAGUGGGGUCUAAAAGGGGGCCAAAUAUUUAUGCUUCAGUCGAGACCCGUAACUAAUUUAGACAACUCUUACACCGACUACGAGAUUAUGCAUGAAUUGGAUUCAUCUCAUCCGUCAGAGUUUGAGAUCUACUCCCGGGCCCAUUGGGGAGAAAACUUUCCCGGAGCCACCUCUUGGACAGCCCUUCAGAUCCAUUGGGGCAAUAAAAGUAGUUUUGUCCGUCGAAGCUUAGCCAUGAGACUUACCACUGUUGAAGAUUACAACCCAUUUGUAGAGAAUAUGGGACUUGAAUAUAACCAAGUUAUGUUUAAUAUAUCCAAUGGAGCUAUGACCGGAUUCUUUGAGGGCUACCCUAAGUCUAAGCCCGCAGUUUCUAUGGUGUUAGCCUGGUUUGGCCAUCAUAUUGAGGACAAGGAUGUUAUCAAAGAUAGGAAUGAGAAAUCAUGGGUUUGUCUCAUUGGGCUCAUCCAUGAAAAAUACUAUAUUGAGGACUAG